GCAUACAAUAGAUCAUCGUUUUGGUUGUCGGUGUCUGGUUCCUGCGCGCCAACAUUACCGUGAGAUCGAUAAUGGUUUAUUCUGUUGUGGAUGACCAUAAAAGUAGAAAGUGGCUAAUUUCAUGUGCAUAAUCAUAAUGUAUACGUAAUUAAAUUAAAUCAAGAAAUGAUAUGGAUUUUAGCAAGAAUUCGUGGAACUGUGGCCAUAGGCUGUGGUUUAAAGAGUGAUCAAAUGAUAAUUUGUAAAUAAAAUUCGUUUUGCUAAUUCAAUUACAAAAACCGAAUUAUACUUAUUUCUAUUCAAGGGUUUUCUGACAGGGUUAGAGUACUUUGAAACCUAUUAGUUUUAUAAUGUUUACAUAAAUCAGUGAUGUUUGAGUAAUUAGACCAAUUUAGCAUAAUCCUCUCUCAACAGUAUACACUUACAAUAUUUAUAUGGUAAAUAAAAUCUUAUUUUUGGUUAUUUUCAAUAAAAAAGAAAUUGUUAAUUUUACAAUUAUACUUACUUAUAAACUUGCAUGAUUAUGGAAUGUUCAUAUAACUUUAAUAAACAAAAAGCACACAUGUCACUACUACUAUGAAGACAAAUGAUGUUAUAUCAUUCCAUUAGUUCAUUUAUUUAAUUUAUUUUCAGUGCCAUAAAUUACAUAAACAAUUUUACUGCAUUAUAGUACACAAUAAUUGUACUUGGAGAGGAUGUUAAGAAAGGUACCCAUGUCUCCAAAACAAGAAAGUACAAAAGGCAAUAUAAAAUGUUGCUUAUGGGUAUUUAACAGUAUAGCAGAUAGAUUUGUUUGUUGUUUUAUGAUUUUUAAUACUAUUUUAAGAUUAAUUCUAAAAAAAUAUAGAUUUAAAAAUUUAUUGGUUGUAAUAUUUUUACUUUUAAUCUGCACACAAGUUUUUAUUUUUGGAAAUAUUAAUUAUUAUAAUAAGUUAACAACUCCUACCCCUUUGUUUACGGUUGGAGUGCAUAAACCGGCUGUUAAUAAAGAAAAUAAAAAUGGUUCCACUUUGUUAAAAAUACCUAGUGAAGCAGAAUUUCGUAUGAACUGGGUUAAAAACAAACUAGAAACUUUAGCAAAGCAUUCAGAGCGAUGGGAAAUAAUGAAAUUAUUAAAUGAAGUAACACCACUUACCAUGCCUAGUACAAGAGUUCAUAUAUUUUAUUAUGAUUCUUAUAAAAAUAUUCAAGUUGAUGGUGAAUGGAAACUUUGGAAUCAUGAAUAUAUUGAAAAGAAAAAGAAUGAAGAUUACAAGUUGUACUACAGAGGAAUGCAUACACCUCCAGAAGAUAUUGCCUCCAGCUAUUACCCGGAGUUGGGAUGUUAUAGUUCCAGAGAUUCACAGAUUAUUGAUGUGCAUUUCAAACAAAUUCGUGAAGCAGGAAUAGGUGUUGUUGUUGUGUCUUGGUAUCCACCAGAUGUGCAGAAGUCUACACAAGACAACAUGGUUCAUCUCCUUAACACUGCACAGAAGUAUCAGCUAAAGAUUGCUAUCCUCAUUGAAAUCUAUACUGGAAGAAACCAAGACAGUUUUCUGAAGAACAUUAUAUAUUUGACAAAAUACACUUCACAUUCAUCUUUCUACAAAUUCAUGAAAAAUGAAAGAUAUUUGCCUGUGUAUUAUGUACACAAAUCUUACAUGACAACGGCUUCAGUAUGGAGAGAGUUGUUAGCUACUGAUGGUAGCAAGACAGUUCGGGGAACUCCAUAUGAUGGUUUCUUCAUAGGUCUAUUAAGCAACAUAUCUCAUAGAUACGAAAUUGAAAAAUCACACUUUGAUGGAUUCUAUACCUACUUUUCGAGCAAUGGAUUUUCGUAUGGAUCAUCUUGGAAAAAUUGGAAGACAUUGGAAGCAUUUUCUAAGAAGAGAAAAUUAUUGUUUUUCCCCUCAGUAAGCCCUGGUUAUGUAGACACUCAAAUAAGGCCUUGGAACACUGCACUUACUCGUCAUAGAAGUCAUGGAGCUUAUUACCAGGUGGCAUGGCGUAGUGCAAUCGCUGCAAAACCUUACGGUGUCUCCAUCACUUCUUUCAACAAAUGGCAAGAGGGAUCCCAGAUAGAACCUGCUCGACCUAAAGCUACUCCACAGUUUACAUAUCUAGAUUAUGAACCAGAGGGUUCCUUAUUUUAUUUGAGUUUGACAAGGUAUUGGGUGAAACAAUUUAUUUUUCAAAAUAUUUACUCUGACAUUGGCUGAUAUAAUAUUAAUAAUAUUUAAAUAUAAAUGA